CUUAUAUUUAAUGUCUGACAGAAGAGGAGAUUAGGCACCAUGGAUCAGGAUAACUCUGUGGAGGUCAUGCAAAAUGAUUUCCCUGAAGAGAGUGAGCAGACCAAAGAUUCUAUUGACUUUGACUAUAUGCAUGUGAAGUUAGAGGAAUAUAAACAACCAGAAAUCACAAAAAAUCUAAUUGUGGAUAAAACCAAAGACAUCUGCAAGAAUGCUCCUGCUAUGCUGUUCAACUUUCUCUACAUGCUCUUUCCAGUACUCAGAUGGCUACCACGUUACAAAAUUAAACAAUAUCUACCUGGAGACAUCACAUCAGGCAUUAUAGUUGGUAUAGUUACCAUUCCACAAUCCAUUGCUUACUCUUUGUUAGCAAGUCAGGACCCGAUCUACGGACUGUAUACCAACUUCUUCUGCUGCAUAAUCUACUUCGUCAUGGCAACUUCUCGCCAUAACUGUGUUGGCACAUAUGGUGUGCUUUGCCUUAUGGUUGGUGAAUCUGUGAAUAGGCAGUUAGUAGCAGCAGGGUACUCUACAGAUGGAACUACCACAACAUCAGGAAACUCAACAGUUACGAAUGGAACUAUUUGUGGCAAAAGCUGUUAUGCGAUCACAGUGGCUACAUCGCUAACAUUUAUUGCUGGCGUGUAUCAGAUCCUUAUGGGAAUCUUCAGGUUGGGUUUCAUAUCCAUGUACCUAUCCGAACCUUUACUGAGUGGCUUUGUUACUGGAUCGUCUCUUACCAUUCUCACAUCCCAGAUGAAAUACUUGCUAGGACUAAAGCUUCCUCAACGGAAUGGUGCAGGAGCAUUGGUUAUGACUUGGAUCGACAUCUUCCAGAAUCUACAAUAUACCAAUAUAUGUGAUUUAAUUACCAGUAUUGUUGCAAUAGUGGUUAUUGUGCCUAUUAAAGAAAUCAAUGACAGAUUUAAGAACAAGCUGAAAGUUCCAAUACCAAUUGAAUUGGUAGUAAUUAUAGUAGCCACUGUGGUCUCUUACUACUUUGACUUCAAAGGCAAUUACAAAUCAUCUAUAUGUGGAUCAAUCCCCACUGGAUUCAAGACUCCAAGAGCUCCUAAUUGGAGUCUGAUACCCAGCCUUGCUGCUGAUGCCAUCCCAAUUGCAAUUAUUGGGUUUGCCAUGACAAUCUCUCUUGCAGAAAUCUUUGGCAAAAAACAUGGAUACUCAGUCAGCAGCAAUCAGGAGAUGAUUGCCAUUGGUAUGUGUAAUCUUAUCCCAUCUUUUUUUUACUGCUUCACUAGCUGUGCUGCUCUGGCCAAGAGCCUUUUGAGAGAGUCCACAGGAGCCUGUACUCAACUCACAGGCAUUGUAAGUUCUGCUGUUUUGCUGCUAGUGUUACUUGUUAUUGCACCUCUUUUCUAUUCAUUGCAAAACAGUAUUUUAGGAGUCAUCACAAUUCUCAGUCUCAGAGGUGCCCUCAGAAAAUUUGCAGACACUCCCAAAAUGUGGCGUGUUAGCAAAAUUGACACAGUAGUUUGGUGGGUCAGCAUGUUGGCUUCUGCCUUGAUCUCAACAGAGAUAGGCUUGUUGGUGGCUGUCUGUUUUGCUAUUCUCUGUGUUAUAGUCCGCACACAGCGGCCAAGAGCCACCCUUCUGGCUAAAGUCCACGGAACCGAGAUUUAUGAAGACCAAUUCACCUACAAAGAACUUAGCAAUAUACCCAAUGUCAAAAUAUAUCGAUUUGAUGCUUCCCUUUACUAUGCCAACAAAGAUUAUUUUAAGAUGAAUCUGUACAGUAAAACUGGUAUUAACCCUUCCGUAGUAUCUACCUUACAGAGGAAGGCAAAGAAAGAGAUGGAGGCUGCAGCUAACGAAACGCCAAUUAGGUUUAUUGCAAGGUUCAAUUUGCUUAAGACAACUAAAAAGACCCACACAAUUACUAAAACAUCUGUUCCAGAUCUUGACAUGCACUCCCUUAUCAUUGAUUGUGGUGCAAUGCAGUUUAUUGAUACAGUUGGCCUUGGUUUGCUCAAAGAGCUUCGUACUGACUAUGAAGAGAUUGGAGUGGGAGUUUUCCUGGCUAACUGCAAUCCAUCAGUGCGGCGCUCACUUCAUAAUGGUGGGUAUUUUAGUGAAUCCAGUGGAGAGCUUGAGCUGCUUGCUUUCCACAGUGUGCACGAUGCUGUCACAUUUGCUGAACGAAAGUACAGAGAGAAACAGAAAGAAAUGCAGCUUAGGGAUGCAGCUUUCUCAUUUGAUCCGGAUCAAGCUGUUAGUGAAGAUUAUAGAAACUAAAGAAACUUAACCUGAGAAAUAAAGAUACAUGAGAGACACAUUCUGCUCAUUAUUACAUACAUUAUUACUUUGUAGUGAAAGGACAUAAAGUCCAGUCCACCAUCACCAGAUAACUGGCAGCCAUGUUUGGAAGUUUAAUGUGGCCAAACUUGGUAACAAUUACAUAGGUUGCUAUUCGCUGAUAUUCUUCAUACGUGCCAACACCUGGGUACCUGCUGAGGUGCUAAGCUCAAUAUCAAAGUCCAAUGUGGAUGAACCUGUUCAUUAACUUUAGCCAUGCAAAGCAUCUGCUCACUAGAACACUAUGGUGGAAUAAAGUUUCAUACUGCUAGCCCCACCAAUUUGUGCCUCGACCUUCUAUUUUUCAGACAGCCAUGUGUGUCUUAGCUCUCACUCCUUUGUAUCUCUCAACAUUCUCUACUUUGUAUCUCUCAGAAGAAUAUUUUUCUUCUUUUUAUUUCAUCCCCACCGCACAACCCUAAAAAUACAUGUAAGGAUCUCAGUGUCUCCUAAGGUCAUAGGGCUUCUCAGAACAAUGUUGUAUCUGCUCUGUUUUUCAACCCACCCAGGUCUCUUAGAAACCCUAUGUCUCUCAGCAGAACCAUGUCUCUGUGUCUAUAUAUCAACGUAAUCAGUGGUGUGUUUUGGAUCUGUGCUGCCCUAGGCUUGAUGGAACUUGGUUACCCCCUAAUUUAAAUUUAUCCCACCCCUUCCUGUGAAGGCCACACCUCUUCCUGUUAAAGACUAACACACACUUUGACAGACAGACACACCCUCUCAGACAGACAUGCACACUCAAUG